ACUCUUAAUACCUCUAGAGCUAGCAAAGUAGGCAUUCGAUUCGGCAACGGCAAACCCGUAAGAUUAUUAAGAUCUAUAAUUAUUAACACCCCAUUCGGCAAUAUUACUUUUUACGUCUUACUAACUAACACUCCUUUUUUAUACUACCUAAGGGACAUAGAUAAGCUAAGAGUAUACUUUAAUAAUAUUAAUAACUUACUAAUUAAAAGAGAUAUUAUAGUACCUAUUAUUUAUAAAUAG